AUGACAGCCGUUCGAGCGUACAAAUCAACACUGUUUUCUGCGGAAAGCCGGCUUUCGAUGGAGGCCCUUUUGGCGCAUUCGUUCGACUAUUUAUCAUCGUACGACCAAACUAAGAUCCGGAAAGGAUUGCGCCAAGUUGAAGGCCUGCUUGCGCAGAUAUGUUUGUCUAAAUCCAACAAAUUAGCAGUGGAAAAGCGACGGUCAGGCUGCCCGGAAGGCACACCUGCUUCUACUAAAUCGCUGAGUGAACUCUGCGACGACCCGGCGUUUAGAGAAUUUUAUAAGCUGCAGGAUGGGUUUUCAGUGGAAUGGUCCGUUUAUUUCAUGUCUCAUAUUUUUGCAUUGCGGUUAAUCUCGUGCCUGGAACACCUCCUUGGACGCGGGAGCAAUGGUGCGAAUGACCUCCUUAUCAUCGCUGCCUUGGAUUCGAUACAAGGCGUCCUCCUCCUCCACCCGCCAUCUCGCUCUUUAUUUGCAAGGGAAAUCUACAUGAACCUCCUUCUAGACCUCCUCGAACCCGCCAACUGCCCCGCUAUCCAGUCAUCGACUCUCCUCACCCUCGUCACGGCCUUGCUCGAUAACCCGGAGAAUACAAGGACUUUCGAGGAGCUCGAUGGCCUCUUGACUAUCACAUCUCUAUUUAAAUUACGCUCCACAUCGCGUGAGGUAAAAUUGAAACUGGUCGAAUUCCUAUACUUCUACCUUAUGCCUGAAACACCGUCGAUUCUACCGAGCGCGAUAAAUGCCGGCUUUCUGGGUCCCCAGAGAAGCCCUAGCAAGCUGGGAGGGCAGUUGCCCAGGAGUUCAAGCGGCGGUACAGAUCCCGGGCACGAGGGUUCGGCCGACACGAAGUCCACAGAGGAAAAGCAGGCAUUGUUGGGGAAGUAUCUAAGCAACGUUGAAGAUCUUGUCGAGGAUUUAAAAGAGACCGCGCCGUUUGGUGGAUCAGUCUAUUAA